UUCUGCUUCCGACAAGUCUACUUCUUCCUGCUCAUUCGAAAAACUAGAUUUCUGUCCGUUGCUCCGUGAUUCUCUGUAAGCCGAAGGCCCUGAACGUGAGUUCCAUGUUAUCGGGCGAUAUACCACCUAACCAGAGCAUAUACAUCAAGAAUCUCAAUGAGGAGGUCAAGAAAGAAGAAUUGAAGAGAUCCCUUUAUGCUUUGUUUUCUCAAUAUGGAAGGAUUCUCGACGUUGUUGCCUUGAAGACACCGAGGCUUCGAGGGCAGGCAUGGGUUGCAUUUAGUGAAGUGACUGCAGCUAGCAAUGCUGUGCGGCAGAUGAAAAACUUCCCAUUCUAUGAUAAACCUAUGAGAAUUCAAUAUGCCAAAACCAAAUCAGAUUGUAUUGCUAAAACUGACGGAAGCUUUGUGCCAAGGGAGAAGAAAAAGAAGCUCGAGGAAAAAGCUGAAAGAAAGCAACGCACUGAAGAUGCACACCAAUCUGCCAUGCCCAAUGGAACAACUGCUGAGACUGGUGGUUCAAAUGCCACAUUUCGUCACGCAAAUCCUAGCACUGCAGAAGCUACUCCAAACAACAUACUAUUUAUUGAGAAUUUACCACAUGAAACCUCUAGUAUCAUGUUGCAAGUUCUCUUCCAACAAUAUCCUGGAUUCAGGGAGGUUCGAAUGAUUGAAGUGAAGCCGGGUAUUGCUUUUGUUGAGUUUGAAGAUGAUGUUCAAUCCUCUAUGGCGAUGCAGGCUCUUCAAGGCUUUAAAAUUGACCCCCAACAUCCCAUGGCUAUCUCUUUUGCAAAGAAGUAACUCAAACUUUGUUCUACUGUUACUUUUAUGGAAUCCGCAGAAGGUUUAUGUUAACGUCACAGCACGUAAAUAUGAGUCAUGAGUUUUUAUGUAAAGUUCAGAUAUCCUUCCCCUCCUUCCAGCGAUAGAAGAGAAUGAAAGCAUGAAAACAUGUUCCUAAGAGCAGGAGGAUAUCAAACCACGGAUGUGCUAAUUCCAGUUUCCAAGGGUGGCAAGAAAAUAGUUUAUAUUUGGUUGUCAAAAAGGAAACAGGAAGGACUAAUCAAAGCCUUUAUUUAACGUGUUCAUGUACUUGUAGUAGUGGAAAUCUAGCUUUUCAAAAGAAAACAAGGAGCUGAAAUUGAGAAGACAAUGUUUGAUUAGAUUUUUGCAUGAAUAUGUCGUCCUGGACAAUGAAGUAUUGAUAAUCAUCUCUGUCGAAGAUUCAGGAACAGUGCUGCUUGAUGCGUGUGUUUUCUUCCAUGGUCGAUUAUGAGCAAGAUUUGACCGAAAUUUAGUUUGAAA